GUGGUCUUGGGAGAUCCCUCCCCGUCCCGCUUAGACAAUGCCCCGGAGCCGCCAGACCAUCGCGCCCCCGCCCCAUCGCCGUCUGUGAGCUCGCCUACCCGGGGAACCCCUCAAAAACCCAAGCUCCCAGUCUCCCCCGCUUGAAGACUCGGGCUCCCAUCUUCAUCAACUCUCUCCUCUGGGGGUGGGGCCAAGGCCGAAAUCACAGCGCUGCGUGAGUGGAAGUGGCCGCUGGUGAGUCUGGAGAGGGGGCUGUCCCCGAACGGUAUGGAGAGGCUGGAGUUUGGGGGUGCUGGGUCGGUGCUUGCACCGGACGGAGUCUGCGAAUAACCUGCACUUGAACGAGGAGCUGGGCAGGAUAGACUUUGGUGGAAGAUGGACAGGGGUACCGAGUUCUGAAGCCAGUUCCACGCCCCCCGUUUCCCCGCCCUCCGGAUUUUGUUGAAGACCUCUCCCAGUCCUCCGGGACUAAGUCUGGUGUAUACUGGGUCGCUCGAAGGGCAACGUGACCAGCCAGGGUGGAGAGGAAGGAUGCUUAACUCCUUAGACUCAAUUUCUCUGGGUUGGCCCUCUUCUCCUUUCUCAUUCGAGCAUUCAGGACUUCCACAUCCCAGGCCCCGACUCAUUCAUUACCCAGCUUUCUUUUCCAGUCCCAUAACCUCUGAGGGUCCCUGGCAGGACUUCGGGUCCCUCCUGCUGCGAGCAGCUGAGGGUUAAGGGGGCGGGGACGCCGCAUUUUUGGGGAGUGAGCGCAUCCUAGCGGCUGCCAGGAGGGGCGCGGGGCAGGGACCUAGCGGAGCCCCGGAGCAGGGGCAACAGGUGUUUGGGAGAUUAAGGAUCCAAGUCUUGCUCUUUGGGCGCCUCUUAAAGUAGAUCUCUGCUGAAAGGAGGCUGAGCGGGAUCCACAGGGCGAAGAGACAAGUGAAGUAAAGAGAAAACAGAAAUCAGCUUGGCUGGAAGGGACAUCUGUGUGGAUGGGAUGGGGACGCCGGGGGAGGGGCUGGGUCGCUGUUCCCAUGCCCUGAUCCGGGGUGUCCCCGAGAGCCUGGCAUCCGGGGAGGGCGCGGGGGCUGGUCUUCCGGCUCUGGACCUGGCUAAAGCUCAAAGGGAGCAUGGAGUACUAGGAGGUAAACUGAGGCAACGACUAGGGCUGCAGCUGCUUGAACUGCCUCCCGAGGAAUCACUGCCGCUGGGACCACUGCUUGGUGACACGGCCGUGAUCCAAGGAGACACGGCCCUAAUCACGCGGCCCUGGAGCCCAGCGCGUAGGCCCGAGGUUGAUGGAGUCCGCCAAGCCCUCCAGGACUUGGGGCUCCGAAUUGUGGAGAUGGGAGACGAGAACGCGACGCUGGACGGCACCGACGUCCUCUUCACAGGCCGGGAGUUUUUCGUAGGGCUCUCCAAGUGGACCAAUCACCGAGGAGCUGAGAUCGUGGCAGACACGUUCCGGGAUUUCGCUGUCUCCACCGUGCCGGUGUCCGGAGCCUCGCACCUGCGCGGCCUCUGCGGCAUGGGGGGACCCCGCACUGUCGUGGCUGGAAGCAGCGAGGCUGCCCAAAAGGCUGUCAGGGCAAUGGCAGUGCUGACUGAUCACCCCUACGCCUCUCUGACCCUCCCCGAUGACGCAGCUGCUGACUGUCUAUUUCUCCGUCCUGGGUUACCUGGUACCACUCCUUUCCUCCUGCACCGUGGAGGUGGGGACCUGCCCAACAGCCAGGAGGCUUUGCAGAAGCUCUCAGAUGUCACCCUGGUACCAGUAUCCUGCUCAGAACUGGAGAAGGCCGGCGCUGGACUCAGUUCCCUCUGCCUGGUGCUCAGCACACGCCCCCACUGCUGAGGGCCUGGGCGUGGGGCUCCAACUGGCCAGGAAUAGAGCCGUAUAGGGGGUAGAAUCAGGUAAUAGAAGAUGGGAGGUAGGUAGUGGUGGGGAGAGGCCCCAAGACAAGGGAGGGCUUAGUGUGAAACAAAGAAUAGGAGCCAUUGGGUGAGUCCUCUCUGUCAGAAUCAAUAAAAUAAAAUUGGCCUUUUA